ACAUGGCCCAUCGAUAUGGCCCUUUCAUUUGAUCCAGUGCCCUUCUCUCUCUUUCAACCUCAUGAAUCUCUUCCAUGGGGUCCUUCGGCGAAAAACUGGUUCAACUUAACCCAAUUUAGGGGCUUCGACCCGGUUGGAAAUUGGGCUUUAAACCGGUUGAUCAAGAGUUUGUCCCAGCUGUUUUUGGAUCACGCAAGUGAGUGGUUUAAAAAAAAAAGAGUUGAGCAAAUGGCAGCUUCAAGUGCUGAUCAGAAAGAUAAAUAUCGUUCGUAUUUAUAUGGAGAGGGAGAAAAGAACACCAAAUGGAGGUUUGGUGCCCCUCCCAACUAUGAUGUUGUUAACAAGCUCUUCGAAGAAGGCAGAACCAAGAUAUGGCCACCUGGGUCACUCGAAGAAAUGGUACAGAACCUUUUGAAGACAUAUGAAAUGGAGCUUUUCCACAAGGCAUGCGUCGACGACUUCAAAUCAAUAGAUCCAAAAAAAUUCACUCUCAGCCUAAAUGGGAGAGAAGGAUUAAGUUUGGAAGGUAUAAAGAAACUGGGUGGAGGCUAUAACUCAUUGCUGCAGUCGUCUCUACCAGAGGAAUUCCAGAUCUACAAACCAUCUGUGGAAACAGCAGAUUCAUCUCAUCGAGCUUUCACCACUACUUUCCCUCGUGGCUUUGCUGUGGAGAUCCUCCAAGUCUACUCUGGGCCACCACAAAUAGUUUACAAGUUCAGGCAUUGGGCUUACAUGGAGGGCCCUUUCAAAGGCCAUGCCCCUACCGGAGAACUGGUAGAAUUUUAUGGCAUGGCAAUUUUUGGGGUGGAUGAGCAUAUGAAAAUUGUAAGUGUGGAGUUCUUUUAUGAUCCUGGAGAACUUCUUGGAGCCCUGGUGAAGGGUGCUAAAAUUGAAAAUUAUGCUGGAGAGAUGACAACAGGUUGCCCUAUCCUGAGGAGCACAGGGUAGCUAGCUACCUGCAUCUGGAGCUCCCAUGAGAGAAGCAAACAUGAAGCACAUGGGUUAAGAUCGCUAGCUAGCUAGAACCGGAAAACCUUGUAGCAUAUGCAAUUUGAAUAAAAUAAAAAUAUGACAGCUGCAUUGCCACAUGGUAUGGUCGGUGCAAGUAUGUUAAUAUCAAUAAAUAUUUUCUACUUAUGGUAUCAUAUCAAUAAAUAUCUAUUUAUAUUAUAACACGUUAACAAAUUAUAUACAACAUUGUCAAUGACCAUGUUCCACAUUAUAAUUAUAGAAAAGUUGAUAGAGGUCCAAAAAUUCAACCAA